AUGCGCGCGGCCCAGGAUGCCGAGGCUGGACAUGUUCGUCCCGCCCAAGUGCUGUCACCCACAUCGUCCAACUCUCGACUGGCGAAUCGCGAAUGGCCGGCGUCCCCGACGAAGUCGCAAAUUGCGCGGCCUGGCUCGCCGCUUAAGAUGAGCGGAAACAGUCGAUCUGCCGCCGUGACGACCGCACUGUCCAGCAUGGUGGAGAAGGCAAAGGCGUCACGCAACGGGAAGAAGGCUGCGGCAACGUCAGGGGUCAACUCGGCAAACCCAGUGACGACGUCGAGGAGCAAGCGGCCUGCGGCGGCCGUCGCUCUCAAAUCGUCCCAGUCGAGGCCAGCAACCCGCGCCGGGCGCCGGGCUAGCGGCACGAGCGAGGCAAGCGAGGCAAGCACGGGCACCGUCAUCAGGAAGGCUGUCAAUCCGGCGACGAGGAAGAAGGCCGUCGUGGGAACGGUGAGGAAGGUCGUUGCCGGGGCGGCAAAACGGCCGGCGGCAAAGGGAACGGCGACGACGGCAACAACGGCAACAACGGCAAGCACCAGCGGACGUGUCUUGCGGAAACGAGGCUGA